AUGGGAUGUAUAGUGGUAGGUACAGGUGAGAGGGGAUGUAUAGUGGUAGGUACAGGUGAGAGGGGAUGUAUAGUGGUAGGUACAGGUGAGAGGGGAUGUAUAGUGGUAGGUACAGGUGAGAGGGGAUGUAUAGUGGUAGGUACAGGUGAGAGGGGAUGUAUAGUGGUAGGUACAGGUGAGAGGGGAUGUAUAGUGGUAGGUACAGGUGAGAGGGGAUAUAUAGUGGUAGGUACAGGUGAGAGGGGAUGUAUAGUGGUAGGUACAGGUGAGAGGGGAUGUAUAGUGGUAGGUACAGGUGAGAGGCGAUGUAUAGUGGUAGGUACAGGUGAGGGGCGAUGUAUAGUGGUAGGUACAGGUGAGAGGGGAUGUAUAGUGGUAGGUACAGGUGAGAGGAGAUGUAUAGUGGUAGGUACAGGUGAGAGGGGAUGUAUAGUGGUAGGUACAGGUGAGAGGGGAUGUAUAGUGGUAAGUACAGGUGAGAGGGGAUGUAUAGUGGUAGGUACAGGUGAGAGGGGAUGUAUAGUGGUAGGUACAGGUGAGAGGGGAUGUAUAGUGGUAAGUACAGGUGAGAGGAGAUGUAUAGUGGUAGGUACAGGUGAGAGGGGAUGUAUAGUGGUAGGUACAGGUGAGAGGGGAUGUAUAGUGGUAGGUACAGGUGAGAGGGGAUGUAUAGUGGUAGGUACAGGUGAGAGGGGAUGUAUAGUGGUAGGUACAGGUGAGAGGGGAUGUAUAGUGGUAGGUACAGGUGAGAGGGGAUGUAUAGUGGUAGGUACAGGUGAGAGGGGAUGUAUAGUGGUACGUACAGGUGAGAGGGGAUGUAUAGUGGUAGGUACAGGUGAGAGGGGAUGUAUAGUGGUAGGUACAGGUGAGAGGGGAUGUAUAGUGGUAGGUACAGGUGAGAGGGGAUUUAUAGUGGUAGGUACAGGUGAGAGGGGAUGUAUAGUGGUAGGUACAGGUUUCUAUGUUUAUAUAGAGCUGCGAGGCACAAGAGCUAACUACGGAGCCACCGCCAACCAUAGAGCCACCGCUAACCACCUCUAA